ACAUACGCAGAAUGUGGCGCGCCGUCGGCGGCGGCAGCGGUGCCGGUGGCACCGGGUGAGCUGGGAGCGGCGGCUGCUGAGGCCUGGCUGCGCCGGGCAGCAGGCGUGGGGCAUGUCGGAGAGCGGAGGCGCCGGCGGAGCUGCCCCGGGCGGGGGAGGCGGCGGCGCUGGAGCUGGGGGAGCAGCGGGGCCUGGGGGCGCGGCUGUCGGGGCGGGGCCCGGCGCCACCGACCCGGCCUCGCUGCCCCCCGGGGACGCUCAGCUCAUCGCGCUCAUCGUGGAGCAGCUCAAGAGCCGCGGCCUCUUCGACGGCUUCCGCCGGGACUGCCUGGCCGACGUGGACACCAAGCCAGCCUACCAAAAUCUGAGGCAGAAAGUGGACAACUUUGUAUCUACCCAUCUGGACAAACAGGAGUGGAACCCAGCAAUGAACAAAAACCAGUUACGAAAUGGUCUGAGACAGAGUGUGAUUCAGUCAGGGAUGCUGGAAGCUGGAGUGGACAGAAUUAUUUCUCAGGUGGUGGAUCCAAAACUAAACCACAUCUUCAGGCCGCAGAUAGAGAAAGCGAUUCAUGAGUUCCUGGCUGCGCAAAAGAAAGAGGAAACUGUGCCAGCUCUUCCACCAGAGCCUGAGAAUCAGGAUCCUCCUGCUCCAUCCCAAGAUGCCUCGUAAGUGUGUUCCUGGCACUAAAAACAGCUGCAGUUGCAAAGUACAAGUUUGGUUAGAUUGGCAAUGGACUAUUUAUUCCAUUUGACACGAGACUACAGUCUACUAUUGAAGAUUGAUCAUGAUACCAGAACUGAGGGAAACAUUAGUAAAAUUCACAUGCGCCCAGAGAGCUGAAUGAUAGCUCAACGUGAAGCUUGUUUUGCUAUUGAUAGAAAUUCAGAAAGAAACACGUGUCCUUGCUGAUCGUGCAUUGGGAGUGGGGUUUCAAAUAUCUCUUGCAUGGAGAAGCUAAGAAUUUGGAUGUGAUACUAGUAUGACUUAGUAGGAGAUGGAAAAAGGAAAAUGUACGCGGGCCUCUGAACUUCAUUUUUGUAAAGUUCCUGGAAGGCUGUAUCAUGAGAUUCACUUUUAAAAAGUUUUAUUUGGAUCAGAGGGGAGACUGUCCGUAAGUGUUUUUUUUUUUUUUUUUUUUUUUAAAUAGCUUCAUGCUUGCUUGUUACAUAAAGAAUCUUUGAGCACUGAAUGACAAAUCUAAUUCGUGACUAUAUCAGUGCCUGUUUUGAAAAGAGGAUGUGCCUGAUUAAAACUGGAAAGAGCUCUUCAGUGUCAGUUACCCAGGGGUACCUAGAGACCAAUGUUGAGUAGAGUUUUUUUUUUGUUUGUUUGUUUGUUUGUUUUUCUGGAAAUUAGUGUUUAAAUUUAGCUAUGUGGAUAUCUGAUUUAAUCAUAGCUCUUAUUUCCCAGGGAGACUUUGGAGAAGAGACUAUGAUGGGUGAAGAAUCUGACACAUUUGUGUCUUAACUUGAAAGAAUACUCACCCAUAAUAUUGUUCAGGUAACUCUUAUUAGCUGCUGGUUUUCAUGCUUAAAGGCAGAAGGUCUUUGGGAAGGCCAUCAGGUAGGGAAUGUGAUCAAUUCUGCUAGAAAGUGUCUUGAUCUUUCAUAAUAAAAUGUUGAAAGCCUA